AUGCCUAAUAACAAUAAUAACGACAUUGAUAUUUUUGAAGAAAUUCUUAUGCUUACUGGUGAUGCUGUUGAGCAUCCCGAAAGUUCACAGUCCGCUCAAGCAGAAAAAAAAACAAGUAGAAAAAGAAGACGUGGUGGAAAUGAUAGGGUUGAUAAUAUGUAUAGGGAUGACGAUGAUAGAGACCGAUUAGAAAACUUAAAUGAAUUGGAACGUGAGAAAAUCUUAUCCGAAAGAGCAGAGAAGAGGCAACACAAUAAAGAUUUGGAAGCUGUACACCUCUUGUUUAAUCCAGAUGAUGCUAGAUCCACAAGAGCUAAAGGUUCUAAGAAGAAGGGACGAGAUCUUGAAGAACUCAAGCGUAGACGAGCUCAAAGAGGUCAAAGAACAAUAACGGAAAUUAAACUUGAAGAUAUUAAACAAGUACAAUUAACGCGUCGCCAUCUUGGCGAAUGGAUGUUUGCACCACAUUUUGAAAACACAGUGGUUGGAUGUUUUGUUCGAUUACAUAUUGGAGUUUCUGAGGGUAAACAGAUAUAUCGAGUAUGUGAAAUUGAAGCCGUUGAAGAAAUCAAUUCAACUUAUUAUGUUGAAAAGUGCAUCACGAAUCAAGUACUUCGCCUAAGGCAUGCAGAUGCAGUCAAAACCUGGCAUAUGCAUUGUAUUUCUAAUAGCGAAUUCGAUCAAUCAGAAUUUGAUCGUUGGAUAAAAACUAUGAAAUCUCAAAACAUUUCAUUACCUUUAAAAGAAGAAGUUCUCCGAAAAAGAAAAGAUAUUCAAGAUGCAAGAGGUUACGUUCUUUCCGAGCAAGAUGUAGAGUCAAUUGUACGAAAAAAACAAUCAUUGCGUGGUGGUGAACCAAUUGAUCUAUUUACUCAAAAGACAACGUUGGUAACACAGAAAAAUAUGGCGGAAGCACAAGGAAAUUUCAAAGAAGCCCAAGAUUGCGCCGCACGACUUAACGAGAUUGAUAAAUUAAUCGGAGUAGCAUCUCGUGAUACCAAACAAGAUACAUGGGCUCGUGUAAAUGAAAGAAAUCGUCUAAAGAAUCUUGAAGAUUCUCGAUUAGCAGAAGAGAUAGCAAGACAGAAAAAGAAAGCAGAAGUAAUUCCCCGAAAAUCCGUCAAAACUGGAUUUUAUGAUUCGCCAUCGCAUAAAGAGGAGGAAAAGUCUUAUAGAUUUGCGAAAGCACUUAAGGCACCAUUUACUCAAUACGAAGCAUUGAUAUAUGAUGCAGAUGUUGAACUUAAACUUCCACCCAAUCCUAAUUUCUCUGUAAUAGAUUCAGAGAAUGAGAUUGAUUAUGCUUCAUUUACAAUUGAGAAAUCACUUUCAUUAAUACGUGGUUUACAUCAAAAUCCCGUUUUCCAACCAACAACUGAUAUUACCAAACCACAAGAGUUAACAUCAUCGCCACCACCACACGAAGAAACGAGUAAUUCUCGAUAUCGUUCACAGCCACAACCAGAAUCAUCCAAAGGAUCUAAACAAUAUAAAAUCCAUAAAGAUCUUCAUUAUGUACCGAUCACUUUAUUCACAAUGAGAUCAAUAUGUUUAUUUGACCGAGUGAAAUUUAGCUUUCCUGGGAAUAUGAAUCCCCAUGCCUUUGCUUUUGGAGAUGUUGAUAAUGAUCAGGACAACGAAUUCAUCAUAGGAAAUUUAAAGGGGGAAUUGGGUAUAUUCAAAGGAACACCUGAAAAGGGAAGACCUGUGAUUACAGGUAGUAAAUUAGGUACAAUUACAUGCGUAGCAAUUGGAGAUGUUAAAAAUUCUGGCAAGAAUUCUAUAGUUUGUGUCAAUGCUGAAGGAGUUUGUCAUAUUUUUGAUAUUACAAAUAAUGAUUUUGGUGAUGGAAAACCACCUUCACUUAAUAUAAAAGGAUAUCCACCAUUAAUGGUGCCUGUUAAUUGUAAUCGUAUAUUGAUUUCUGAUAUUGAUGGUGAUGGAAUGAACGAGAUUAUCCUCGCUCGAACUGAUCGUAUAUUACAUGUAUAUAAUGUUGAAAUGGGUUUAAAUGAUCAGCAACCAAACAUAGAAAAAUUAAAUUUGAAUGAUUUGGUUCCACAUCUUACAGAAAAAAAGAAAUGGUCUUUUGAUGGUCAGAUUACUUCUAUGGCCACAGCAAAGGACCCUAAAACAUCAGAACAAUUAUUACUUAUAGGUCAACCUGGAGGUCAUUUCAUUAUUAUUGAAAAAAACGAGAAAAAAAUAUUUCCAACACAAUUUCCCAAUGAUAUUUCGCAUUCUGAUGAUUUAAUUGAAGUAUCAACCGAAAUAGUUAGUGGAAUUAAAUGGGAAAAUGAGAAAUGUUCGGAUAUAGUCGCACUUGUUACCAUGGAUGGAAAAUUUACCUUUUUUGAUCUCCAAACAUCAAAGCCGAUACGACAUGAAUUGCAAGUCACACACAAACUUUUCGGAAUGGCAUCGAUGGAUCUUUAUUCUGAAAAUGACAGUGAACAAAAUAUUGAUGAUGAAUUAUCUUCAAAUAAACGAAAUGAUGUUUUUGUGGCAUGCGCGUGGGAUGGUCAUACAUAUGUGAUUGACUAUGAUUUCAAUGUAGUUAGAUUCGAAUUUGAAGGGCGAGUAUGCGCAUUUGCUGCCGGUCAAUAUGCUUUAACGAAAGGUCAUAAUGUUCCAUGUUUCAUGUAUGUCGAUUUCGAAGAUCAUAUCACAGUUUAUCAUAAUCUACAUAUAAAUACUAAACCUGUGACAAAUUUCAUAGAAAUUAUGCGUGACCAAAUUGAUGAGUUUGACGGAUUACUUAAAGAGAAUGUAAAAAAUUAUGAACACGGGUUAUAUCAAUCCACACCUCACAUUACAGACUUUUUUCAUAACUGCUUGUAUAAAUCAGAUGAUUAUGAGCGCAUUAUGCAGGAUCUUGAGAGAAAGAUUAAUGAAGUUAGUACAAAAUAA